AUGUCUUCAAAUAAAAUCGUUCUCUCAACUGGUUUAACAGGAAAAGGUGAAUUAACUACCAUUUCUACCACUGUAUUUCCUCAAAUUACUGAUAAUCAAAUUCUUCUCAGAGGUGUUGCAUAUGCUGCCAACCCAACUGAUUGGAAACAUACUGUCUUACAAUGGGGUUAUUCCGGUUCAAUCGUGGGAUCAGAUGCAUCUGGCAUUGUUACUCAAAUUGGUAAGAACGUUAAAGGAUUUGAAAUUGGUGAUUAUGUAUCCACUACCUUACGUGGUAACUAUUCCAUUGAUAAGGGUGGUUUUGCAGAAUAUGUUAUUGCUGAUCCACCUACCACUAUCAAAUAUGAUAAGAGUACAUUCUCAUCAGAACCAUUACCUGUUGGAAGCUUUCCCGCUAGUAUUAUUAAUACUUUUGAAGGAGCAGCUGCAAUUACUUUAAGUUUAUCAACCGUUGGAUUAUCAUUAAGUCAUUCUUUAAAGAUUAAACCUACCAAAGAAUCAAAUUCCUCUAAAUACAUUUUAAUUUGGGGUGGUGCAACUUCAGCUGGUAUUGUUGCUAUUCAAAUUGCAAAAUCAGUAUAUGGAUUAAAGGUCAUUACUACUGCAUCUAAGAAACAUCAUGAAUUCUUGAAAUCAUUAGGUGCUGAUGCAACUUUCGAUUAUCGUGAUUCAAAUGUUAUUGAUCAAAUCAAAGUUUUCGCUCAAGGAAAGAUUUAUUAUGCUUUAGAUACAGUCUCCACUAUCGAAACUUAUCAACAAACGUAUGAUGCUACUGCUGGAUCCCCUACUGAAUCAUAUGAUAAUUUGUUAUUCUUACCUAGGGAAGCUAUCAAGACUGAUCCAGAAAACAAAGCUAGAUUUUCCGGUACUAUCGUUUAUUUAGCUAAUGGUGAACCACAAGAAUUAGGAACAGUGGUCUAUCCAACUCAAGAAUUAUUAGAUGAUUAUAAUCAAUUCUGGUACGAGUUAUUACCACCAUUCCUCAAAGAUUUAAAAACUCCAAAUCUUAGAGUUUUAAAACCUGGUUUUGAAUCUGCCAACGAAGCUCUCGAGUUAUUAAGAGAAGAUAAAGUUAGUGCUGAGAAAGUUGUUUUCAGAUAUCAAUCAUGA